UUUGCACUCUUUCACUAAAGUUCUGAAUCUUUCUUUCAGCAGCGCUGACAGGAAGUGACCUGCCAUAUGUGCCACAGAGAGCAUCUGCAUCCCUCCAGAUGGAGACUCUGCAUCAUGCACCUUCUUCUCAUUCACUUCUAUUCAUCUCCUCAUUUCCCUGAGCACUCAUAUGACGUCCAUGGCCCCUCCCUGCGCAUAAUCCCGUCUCUCCGUUCUCUCCAGCUGAUCCUUUCUCUGCUGCUAAACACACGUCCGGGUUUACGCACACAUAUGGUUUACACACACACACACCCACACACACACGCACACCCACACACACACACACACACACGUGGAUCACGUCAAGCUUUUAGCCAAGCCUUCUCAGCUCUUACGCGCAGACACACCCUCACACACGUCGCUCGCCCCCACACCUCCCCUUCUGUGUCAGUCAGUGUGCAGCGGCAGCAGCGGAGGGUGGAGGACGUGCUGAACGCAGUCACGGAGGCUUCUGGCGCACAGCCGAGCCGUCAUGAGCCGCUCAGCGGAAGUGGACGCCGCUGCGGAGGAGGAGGGGGCUGAAUAGAAGAGAGUGAGAGACUGUGUUCUAAUUAAAUGUCUCACGCCCUCCGUGUGCAUCAUGCUGUAUUUCCAGCUGGUGAUCAUGGCCGGGACCGUCAUGUUGGCCUACUACUUCGAAUACACCGACACCUUCACCGUGCACGUGCAGGGCUUCUUCUGCUACGACACCACGUACACCAAACCGUACCUGGGGCCGGAGGACAGCAGCGCCAUCCCACCCGUGCUGCUGUACGCCGCGGUGGCCGGGCUGCCCACGCUGCUGAUCACAGUGACAGAGACUGUGCUGUUUCUGGUCCAGUACACAUCCAAGGAGUUUGACCGUUUAGAGAAGACAGUGGCCACCGGAGACUGCUGUUACCUCAACCCGCUGGUACGCAGGACAUUCCGCUUCCUCGGAGUCUACACCUUUGGCCUCUUCACUGUUGACAUCUUUGUCAACGCAGGGCAGGUAGUGACAGGAAACCUGGCACCGUACUUCCUGACUGUCUGUAAGCCAAACUACACAGCACUGGGUUGCCAGCAGGCCCUGCGCUACAUCAGCCACCAGGAGGCCUGCACAGGAAACCAGGACGACAUCCUACGUGCCCGCAAGACUUUCCCAUCCAAAGAGGCUGCGCUUAGCGUCUAUGCUGCACUCUAUCUAGCUAUGUAUGUGACAUGUACCGUGCAGGCAAAAGGCACUCGUCUGGCUAAGCCAGUGUUGUCUCUCGGGCUAAUGUGUCUGGCCUUCCUCACUGGUUUGAACCGUGUGGCUGAAUACCGCAACCACUGGUCAGAUGUCAUCGCUGGCUUUAUCAUUGGCACUGCCAUUGCCACUUUCCUGGUGGUGUGUGUGGUCCAUAACUUCAAAGGGAAGUUACUACUGAGCGAGGAGUCACUAGUGGAGCAGCGGCCCAAUAUAGCCAUGUUAAACAUAGGCCAAGGGGAGAGUCCGCUGGAGAAGUACAUCACCUCACAGGAGACGGAUGAUGAAGAUGAAGGCUCUUGCAACAUUAAGGAGUGCCUCGAGGCCUUCCUGCGCUGGCUGCGAGGUCUCAGCUGGUUCAAGUGGCUCAGGAACAAAAGGCAAAUAAAUUACUCUGUGAAGUGAUGUGAGCUCUGCCAGAUUCAAUGUCACACUUCCUUCUGUUCUUUCUUUGCAAUAUGUCAUACAACUGGCUGAUAUUUUGCUGUAGCUAUCGUUCAGUCUGAGUGCUUUCUGUUUUACACCUACAAUAAGAGAACCUACUUUUGGCUGCCCCCUGUCACAAGGGGUCACUCUGCAUGUUUGAUGUGUCUGACUGUAUGUUUGGGCUUUUCCUUAUGCUACUGUUUUAACUUGGAUCUGUUUAGAUGCUUCUCCAAAUGUGGCCCAUACCCACAUCUUUCUAUGGGCCACUUGGCCUUCUUUGGUGGCUCACUCAUAUGAAAAGUGUCUGGUGUUUUUUUCUGUCUUAAAUGUUACAAAGUUCUCUGGUACUUAUAUUUAGAAAAGUUGCAUAUUGAAUCAUGUAACACACAAUGUUCAGCAUUAUUAUUGCUGACCUCCAUAACCCUCAUAAAUCCCUCUAAAUGCUGUUAUCGGAUUUAUUUAUAACAUAGUGGUUCUUGUGAAUAAUGUGGUCACAAAUAUGCAGGAUUAAGUACCAUAGUAGAUAUUAUACACAAGUGGCUAUCCCAAGUACACUGAAAAUCAUUGUAUAACAAAAAUUAGUGGUGUCCCAACAGAAGUUUUCCAGGAUUUACAAAGCUGAACUAUUUUCAGCCCACAGAAGCUGUUUAAAACUGAAGCAUGACAGCAGUCGGAAUAAUUUACUGAGGAAGAAAUUUAGGAGUUGCUACAACCCCAGUUCCAGAAACUUAAAAUUAAAAGAAAAUAAAAAUAGUAGAGUGCGGUGAUUUUUUUUAAUACCAUAAAAUACCUCUGUACAACAGGGCCAAAAACCAAAAACAUUUGGAGCCCCCAUGAUCUUCAGGGCUCCCUCAGGCAGCAAUUCAUUUAAAAGGCACGAUUCUGCCAUGAUGCUGCACAGUGGGAAACAUAAUCCCAAUUCGACUUUUGGAGACAUGUUACUGCCUCAAAUUGACUGAAUGAAUAAGGACAACAAGAGAAGUGUGCAUGUCGGUGGGAGAAGGUAAUGUCGAGCAGGGGAUAUGCAUCCAUCAAGAUAGAAAUAUGCAAUAUGGUAGAAAAUGCAGAAACCAGAGAGACGAGAAGCAGGUCAGACGAGGGGCUCCAAAAGCUGGGGGAGCAACCACAGUGCUGCAGGACCGGGCUGAGUCAUCUGAAACAGGUGAGGAAAACCCUGGGAUGGAGAAGGUACCCAAACAGAUGACCGAGGCAAACGGCAAAACCUUAAUGCUUUGCAGCAACUGUUGGAGGUGAUAUAUAAGGGAACUGCCAAGAGCAAGCUCAACAGCCUUUGGAAGUUCAUCUUCGAGGUCUGCAGAGAGAUGUUUGGUGAGCUUAGGAGGAGUGAGCCCACAGCCCCAAGGAAAGGCAGAAGAGAGAGAGAUGGAACAACUGACCAAAGACUGACGCCAACUCCGUCGCAACUGUAGGAAAGCAGCACCCCAUGACAAAGCCAGCUUGAAGGAGCUGUGGGACAAGCUCAAACAAAAUCACACCAGGUUGCAGAGAGUGGAGAGAAUUGGAAAGAGAAAGACAAAAUAAGAGAAAGAGAGAACUAGAGCUUCAUCAGGGAUCCCUUUGGGCUUGCUUGAGAGUUGCUGGAUGAAAAGAGGAUUGGCAACCUAAUCAUCAAUAAGGAGGCGCUGGAGUGAUACAUCAAGAAGCAGGAACUCCAGCAACACUUGAGGGAAGACGAACAACUUUAAUAAUUGACCAACGUGUUUCGGCUUGUG